AUGGAUCGACGAGUCGGGAGAAGUUGGUCGAAACUUGUUGAGAAGCUGCUUGAAUGUCCGAGUCGCCGACCGCGAGAGGUUGUAAAAGCGUUGCAGAAAGGGCUGCUUGUGUUGUUGCGGUGCGGGUUCCGUGACAGCUCCACCGGACCAGCAUUUCUGUUCGACCGUGUCGUCAACAUCGAAUACUCGGAAAUGCAGCUGCGAACCAUGAUCACGGGGCGCCACAUUGUUCGCGAUGUGCUUUGCAAGCGCUGCAAGGUGUGCUUUUCGAUGUUGCGCCGAGAUGCAGUGGGAAGGGGGAGUGGAAUUAGGCGAUCAGUUGUAGCCUGUUGCUACGAAAAUGCGUAUGCUUCUCCGAGAGCACUCACAGAGCCUUUCUUCCGCGAAUUGCUUGAAUGCGUCCGAUCGGUAGUUUCGAUGGCACUGGUUAUGUGCGGGAAUCGCACCUUCCUUCAUCACCUCCUCGUUUUCCCUCAGCUGGCCUUCUCUUCGCGUGCUGCAUCAUCUCAGUCGUAG